AUGAAUUUUUCCAAGAUUUUUUUUGUUCCUUCACCUACAUCUACUAUUUCUACCCUAAUCACCAUCGCCCCUUGCCCACCUGUAUCAAUGGUGGUUUCGCAGACCCAAUCAAGUUUCACCCAAUCAACCCCAUUGUUUACAGAUCCGGCUGCCACUACAACCACUACCACUGAUGAACCUCCAGUUUCUAUCAAUGCAUCUGAUGCAGGGGCAGGCACUUUAGGUUUCUCAGUUAGUCAUUCUACUCCACCUAUCUCACCUUUACACCAAGAUGAUCCAGAUACCAUCUAUGGUGGUGAUGACGAAUAUUUUGGAGGAUUCACCUACAGUCUUUUCAACAUUCGGACUGAAAAUGAUGAUGAUACUCCAGUCACCAAAAGGCAACUCAAGGCCAUUAAUGAGAAGUUGGAUUUGUUGCUUCAAUCCACCAAAAUCUCAAAUAUCAAGGAGUAUUCUCAAGAUAUAAUUAAGUCCUUCCUUGAGACCCUCACCAAAGAACACUCCGCCAAUCUUGAGAAGACGAAUAAAGUUGUUGAUGAUUCAGCUUUUGUUUGCAAGGAAAUGACCAAAAAAGUCGAUAAGCUAAUUAUUGAUGCUAGAACCUUCAUGAUCACAUUCCAGACAUCAUUCAAAUCGAACACUGCAAAAGCAAAUGAAGCCAUCUCUAGUAUGAGUACAUCCCUUAAAACAGAGAAGGAGGCUCUGGAGAAGGUUUGUACUAGCAUCAAAACAGUCUACUCCGAGAUCAACUCCACCAUCACAUCAAAAAUCAAAAAUCUUCAAGAUGACUUGGCCACAGAGAGCAAAAUAAUGGAUGCUCUCGCAGUAAAGACUGAAAAAGUGAAAGUCCUAACUAUCAAGCUUGAGCAUGCAGAGAAGAAAAUCAACAAACUCCUAUCCGAAAAGGCAUUUAUGAAAAGUUGUGUUACAGGCGUGAAUGCUUUGCUUUCAGGCAUCAUUAAAACUCAUUAUGCUCUGAUCACGAUCAUAGUUAAGAAGCAUCUGGUUGAAAAAAUAAGGUCAGUGUUUACAAUGCUCAAUAGAUUAGGUGUUUCGGAAUCAAGCUCAAUUGUGAAACAAGGGGGAGAAAAUGUGAAGCAAUCUAAGAAGGAAAACCCCAAACCAACUGUCAAGUCGAAGAAAGAAAACAAACCAAAAGGAAAGGAAAAGCUCAAUGAAGAACCAAUCAUUGAUGACAGUGAAGAAGAAGACCCUGAUGAGCACGAACCUAAAAGAAGUAAGGCCCGUGAAGCUCAAAACGACGAACACAAUCAGAUUGUAGUGGACUUUGGAGCGUAUACUGAGCUAGGUUGUAGAUCUUCCAAACCAUAUUGGUUAGAACCAUUUGUGUCUUUUGAUUUACAAAACACACAAGUUUCACAACUGGAUCUUCCAAUCACUCUGAAAGCCUUCAAGUUUUGUAGCUUUGUUAAAGUUGUGAAUGUCCCUCCCACAGACAACGGUGCAGAUCACUUACUCUUCUCAUUCUACCUGAAGCACAUGAAGCUGAAGUACGAAACCCGGAGUGUAAAGAAGAUAACUAUUGUAAAGGUUUAUGGUCUAAUUGAAACCAAUAGCUUCCCGAACGCUCGCUUUAAGGUUGCUAGAGGUUCUACGAGUCAGAUAUACAAAUUUUCUCUUGCUGAUCUACCCUAUCUGAACAUGUAUGAUUGGAUUAUACUGUUCAACAUGUGA